GAGCUCCUCCCCUGUGCAGCCUUAGAAAGCUGUAGGCGCGCACCAUGAUCUGUCAGUGGAGUACACUGCGCAUGCCUGGGGGAACUUAAUGGCAAUACUGGUUCACGUCUUAAGACGUUUGACAUACAGGAAAAAAAUAUGGGAAGAUAACCAACACGCCAUUCUGUGGAGGAUAGGUUUAUACCUUGGAGCAUAUACCCUACCUUUGCAACUCGGGCAGUCCUGAAUUGUCCGUCACUAUGGCUGAGGAAGACUAUGGCAGCUUUGUGGACUGGACCCAGAUGGGGGACCUGGCCAACAGCAGUGGACCCACAAAUGUGGACAGUAAGGACCUGAAAGAGUUCAAACAGAUGGCUCGCCAAGGCUAUUGGGCUAAGAACCACAAACUUCGAGCACAGGUCUACCAGCAGCUCAUCAAAGCCAUUCCCUGCCGCACAGUCACUCCAGAUGCAGAGGUCUACCGUGAUCUUAUUGGAGAUGCGGCCAAUAAGAAGCCCUCCACCCAUAUUCCUCUGCCAGACUUUGUAGAUGGGAAUCCAGUUCCACGUUAUUGCCUGAAGACGGACGCCGUGGCUUCAGCUCAUCGGAUCAUUAACUGCGUCGCCGGGCAGUUUCCGGAUAUCUCCCACUGCCCAGCACUUCCAGCUGUCACUUCAUUGCUCCUUCACUUCAGUGCAGAUGAAGCUCAAUGUUUUGAGCAGGUCAGUCGCAUCCUUGCCUGCAACGAGCCAGGCAAGCGGCUGCUGGAUCAGACUUUUUUGGGCUACGAGUCUAGCUGCAUGACCUUCGGCGACCUGGCAAACAAAUACUGCGCCCCUGCACACAAACUCAUUGUUGCUACUGCCAAGGAUGUGUUGGAGGUCUACUCUGACUGGCAGCGCUGGGUGCUUGGUGACCUGCCUUUUAGCCACGUAGUCCGAGUCUUGGAUGUCUACCUGGUAGAAGGCUACAAGGUCUUGUUCCGCGUGGCUAUUGCUUUGCUGAAGUUUUAUCGCAAGCAUAAAGUAGGGGGUCAUAGCGGGCAGGGAAACCAACAGCAGCUGGAUUCAGGAAAGAUUAGGGCAGAUAUUCAGGCAUUUAUCAAGGGGAUUGCCUCCACUGUUACCCCUGACAAGCUGCUGGAAAAGUCUUUCUCCAUUCGCCUGUUUAGCCGGAAGGAGAUCACACUGCUGCAGCUCACAAACGAGAAGUCGCUGCAGCAGAAAGGCAUCACUGUCAAGCAGAAAAGUUGUAGGCGGAACGUACAGCUGGCUCUUAACCCUGAAACGUUCUCCUCGGAGAUCGUCAGUGCCAAGGAGAUGCACGACAUCUGGUCAUGGAUUCCCGAGCGCUUUGCCCUGUGCCAACCAGAGCUGCUCUUCACCACAUCCACCCAUGGUUGCAGCCUCAACAGAUUUUACUCUCACUGUGAGGGCCAUGAACCAACUCUGCUCCUCAUCAGGACUACAGCUGGGGAUGUAUGCGGAGCAUUUCUGUCCUCUGAUUGGGAGGAACGAAAGCGAGGAGGCAAUAAAUUGAGCUUCUUUGGUACAGGGGAGUGUUUUGUCUUCAGACUGAAGCCAGAGAUGGAACGCUACGAGUGGGUGGUCAUCCGCCACCCGGAGUUGGCUUCCAGCAUAAAGACCGAGGGUCAGGAGGACACGGCGUCCCCUGAGGGUCAAAAGGCAGAAAACAGCUUACAGCAGCCAGACAAACCGGCCGGAGAGCUUUCCCCAUUUCUCUCUGCUCGCCACUUCAACCUCAACUCCAAGAACACGUCCAUGUUCAUGGCAGGAAACUUUGACUCCAUCAUAGUGGGUGGAGGAGAGGGCAACGCUCUGUACAUCGACUCUGAGCUGAACCACGGCCGCACGGGCAGGUGCACCACCUUCGACAACCCGCCCCUCUGCUCAGAGAGCUUCCAGGUUUCACUUCUAGAAGUCUGGGGCUUCCAGGAUGCCAUGGCCCAAUAAAGCUGAACACAUGAGAAAACCACUCGUCGAUCAAAUUUAAUGUCAUGUGAAUUUUAAGCAUCUUAAAUCGGAUGUUUUCAUUUAUCCAAAGUCUUCAAAGGCCACAGAGAUGCAAAUCAGACUGGAAAUAAAGUUUUGAUUACUUUCUAUUUAUACAUAAACCUUAUCCACGUGUUGGUGUAUUUAAAAAAAAAAAAAAGGUAUUUCUUGUUUAUUUUUGUAAUAUGGUGGGCUAAUGAAGGUAAAUUGGUAUUGAGUGUUGAAGGUAAAGUGUGUUUUUUCUGCUCAUAUUAAUUCUACAUUAUAGUCUGUGGUUUAUCUGAGCCAAUCAAAAUCAGUGGAAAUGUGUGUUAUCAAGAAAAUAUUUAUCACAUCUGGUUAAUAAUCUGAAUUUUCCCAGAUUGUAUAUCAAGUCUCUGUUGUGGCGUUGUCAAGUUGAACCGGGUCAGGCAGAAUUUUUUUGGUGGGUCCUGUCAAAUUUUCCUUUUUCUAAAGUAUUGUUGAGAAGAUGUGACUAAUGAAUAAAUGGAGUAAAUGUUUGUGAAUAUCUAUAGUAGCUUUUGGCUGUUAUGAAUAUUAAAUCAUGUCAGAUUGUUUUUUUUUUUUAAUCUACAAUGAUUCACUUGUAUGGUGUGUGUUCAGUUGGGUAACACGUUGAAGAAUUCAAAGUAAAGGAGAAGAAUGUGGUGCAAAGGAAAAAAGUUCUAAUAAUCUUGUGCUUUUGUCAUUUGUUUCUGACCUUUCCCGUAUGCAGAGAGUAGUUCAAAGUAUUGAUAAAAUUAGGUGUCUUAUAUGUUUGUAUGGAUGUAAAAUGUUUAUUGCAGAAAAUGCACAUGAUAUGAUACAGCAUAAGUUCAGUUGAGUAUUUUUUUUUUUCUUAAGGUAACAUUUCUUGCAGAUUCACUCAUGUCAGAUUGGCUGCUUCAGCAUGUUGUAGAUUGUCACAUAAAAUCUCUAAUUGCCUUUCAGUCGCCCGACUAUGCAGACUUCUUAACCUGUGUCGAACUUUACAGAUGGUUGUUGCAAAAUGCUGAACUUUGCAAAUGCAAGACGUCUUCACAAAAAGGAACAGAUUGUGGUUUUGCAUUGGGGAGAAAAGUCAUAAAAGGACUUUUAAAUCUUGUUUGCUAUUUUUAUGCAGGAACAUUAGCAACAUGCGCUUUAUUUUGAAAGUCGAACACAUUUGAGUAGAACUGAAAAGUAUAAUCUACUUUCUGAUUAAAUCCCAGAACAGUUUUAACUAGAAAAUGUCAAUGGAAGCUGAAGUAUUAUGUUUUGAUUUAAACCACUAGAAGUACAUGACUGUAGAAUUACUUUGAUGUCCUUCUUGAGGCAUCUUUUCUAUUUUUGUUUGGAUGCUUUUGUGGAAGUUGGCGAUGAAUAUAUCUGGAAAAUA